AUGGGGGAGGACGCGUGCGAUACAAUACUAGUUCUGAACUUUGGUUCGCAGUAUUUUCAUUUAAUAGUAAAGCGAUUAAAUAAUAUAAAAAUUUUUAGUGAAGCAAGGGACUACAAUAUAGAUUUGAAGGAUGUUGAGAGUUUAAAUGUAAAAGGAGUUAUCUUAUCAGGGGGACCUUACUCUGUUAAUGAAGAAGGGGCACCACAUUUAAAAAAAGAAGUUCUAAAAUACUUUUUGAAAAAGAAAAUUCCAAUUUUUGCUAUUUGUUAUGGUAUGCAAGAAAUAGCUGUACAAAUGAAUGGUGAAGUGAAAAAAUCUAAAAAUUCUGAAUAUGGUAGUUAUGAGAUAAAUAUAAUAGGACAAGAAACUUCUUCCAGUGAGGAAAAGUAUAACAAGUUUAAAUUACUUGAAAAUAAUAGUACAUGUGUUUUAUUUGAUGAUAUAAAAAAUAAAGGCACAACGACAGUAUGGAUGAAUCAUACGGAAGAGGUAACAAAAAUUCCUGAGAGUUUUUACAUAGUAAAUUCAAGUGAAAAUUGUUUGGUAUGUGCCAUAUACAAUAAAGAAUAUAAUAUAUAUGGUGUUCAGUAUCAUCCAGAGGUAUAUGAGUCAGUAGAUGGGGAUCAGAUGUUUUAUAAUUUUGCGUACAAAAUAUGUAAAUGUACAAAAACAUUUGACCCAAUUAGAUAUCACGAAAUGGAAUUUAACAAUAUAAAAAAAUAUGCACAUGAUCAUUAUGUUAUUGCUGCCAUGUCUGGUGGAAUUGAUAGUACUGUUGCUGCAGCUUUUACACAUAAAAUAUUUAAAGAUCGAUUUUUUGGAUUUUUUAUAGAUAAUGGAUUAUUAAGAAAAAAUGAAGGAGAAAAGGUUUAUACUUUUUUAAAAAAAUUAUUUCCUGGUAUGAACUUAACCAAAAUUGAUGCUUCCGAAAUUUUUUUAAAUAAUUUAAAAGGAAUUACAGACCCAGAACAGAAAAGAAAAAUUAUUGGAAAACUAUUUAUUGAUGAAUUUGAAAAAGCAGUAAAUAAUUUGAAUAUAAAUAUUGAAAAAACAUUUUUAUUACAAGGGACCUUAUAUCCUGAUAUCAUAGAAAGUAAAUGUUCAAAAAAUUUGUCAGAUACUAUUAAGACACAUCAUAACGUAGGGGGAUUACCAAAAAAUUUGAAGUUCAAAUUAUUCGAACCUUUUAAAUACCUGUUUAAAGAUGAUGUUAAAAAAUUAUCGCAAGAAUUAAAUUUGCCUCCAGAAAUUACUAACAGACAUCCAUUUCCUGGUCCAGGUUUAGCUAUACGUGUUAUUGGAGAAAUAGAUAAACAUAAACUAAAUAUAUUAAGAGAAGUUGAUGAUAUUUUUAUAAACGAUUUGAAAUCGUAUAAUUUAUAUAAUGAUAUUAGUCAAGCUUUUGCUGUACUACUGUCUACAAGAUCUGUGGGUGUACGAGGAGAUGCAAGAUCAUAUGAUUACGUUUGUGCCUUAAGAGCAGUUAAAACAUCCUCUUUCAUGACGGCUAACUGGUAUAAAAUUCCUUAUGAUAUUCUGGAGAAAAUAUCAACACAUAUAGUGAGUGAAGUGAAAGGUGUCAACAGAAUUCUAUACGACAUUUCUUCUAAGCCCCCAUCAACUAUUGAAUUUGAAUAA